AUCACAAGUAAAUUCUCUUCUUUCCUCGAAAACAGCUGAAGAAUUCCGAGAAAAAGUAAUUUCUCUCCUACCAAACAUGUCAGAAGUGCCCCAAAAACAUCUUUUUGACGGAACGGAAUUGAAUGUUUACGAGACAGGGAAUGUUGUGAACUUGAGUGCGGGAGCUCCGGGUCCUGAUUUGCUGCGGGAAUGCAGUAAUUUGUUCUUGAAAGCGACGGAACAUCGAAUGAAACACGAAUUCGAAAACAACGCAUACCUCUUCCAAUAUGGACCCGCCAUCGGUAGAAUCGAUUUCCGCACCGUUUUAGCCGACUUUUUAUCGCGUCGCUAUCACGCCAACGUCAACCCCGUAAAUCUCGUUGUCACUACCGGCGCUACCCAAGGUCUCCAUUUGAUCCUUUCGACACUCCUCGACUUGCACGCGUUCGUUUUUGUCGACGAAGUCACUUACAUGAUCGCACUCGAGGCCAUUUCGCAGUUUAACACGAUGAAAAUUGUCGCAGUUCCGUUCUCGACGCGACACGGCGUGGAUCUGGAUGCCCUUGAGCAACUCGUUACCGAACGGAAAUUCACACCGAGCAACGACAAGCCGUUCUGGGGCGUUUAUUACACAAUUCCCACGUUUCACAAUCCAACGGGCGUCUUGUACAGCGAAGCGACGUGCAAAAAACUCAUUAAAAUUGCACGAGACAAUAAUUUGCUGGUUGCGUGUGACGAUGUUUACAAUGUGCUGUCUUACGACACGGAGACUCCGCCAAAGAGACUUUUCGCGUUUGACGAUGUGAAAGAUGAAAAUUAUCGCGGAAAUGUCAUCUCGAACGGGACUUUUUCGAAAAUUUUGUCUCCGGGGAUUCGACUUGGAUGGAUGGAGUGUCCUGUGAAAAUUGCGGAUAUUUUUCGGGAAAGCGGCGUUUUGAGGAGCGGCGGAUGCGCAAACGGGUACAUGACGGGAAUCGUUCAAAGUCUCAUCGAAUUGAAACUCUUGGAUGGGCAUUUGGAUCUUUAUUACGCGAAAUAUAAAGAACGGAUGGAAGCUGCUUGUGAAAUUUUGAAGAAAAAAUUGGAUCCAAGUUGCGAUUUUCAAGCGCCGCGAGGAGGAUAUUUUAUUUGGAUCACAUUUCCCGAAGGCACAAAUUGUUUGGAGUUCAACGAGUUUUGCAGGAAGAAUUUUGGCGUCGUUGCGAUUCCAGGACCGAGAUUUUCCGCACAAGGAUUGUUCAAAAAUUGCAUGCGACUGACAAUUGCAUUCCAUGAAGUUGCGACAAUUAAAUUGGCGAUAACGAAAUUUUGUGAAGCUUUUGAUGCCUAUAAAAAAAUUAAAAAUUAAUUAAA